AUGGAAACAAAGAUGAAUGCCGAUCCAAGGGCAAAUCCGAGGUUCCAACUCUGGAGUGUAAGUAGUGAACCACCAAAAAACACACCAUUAGUAGAGUAUGGGAAAGCAAAUGAUAGGAGAUUCACCAUUAGAGUUGUUCAUGGCGGGUAUUUUACCGACUAUACAGGUAAAUCGUAUGAAAAGACAAAAGUUCACUUUAUUACUUUUGUCAACAUCCAUUUGCUCAACAUGGAAAUGCUUGUUCGUUUUUCCAAAAGCUUGGGUUAUACAACCAUGGGUAAUUGGUAUCAUAUUCCAACUGAAGAAAAUUGUGGUUUGUUCAUGAUUCCAAUUUUGAACGAUGACUGUUUGGGAACUUUCAAAAUGAUCGUUAGGGCACACCAAUUCCGAGAGAUUGAACAUCUGUAUGUUGAACACAGACCUGUAUAUGUUCCAAUCAAUUCCCCCCACUUCUUGAUGAACUCACCAUCCAAAAAAGUUGAGAAGCUUAUUCAUAUGUUUGUAACAGAACACCCAAUGGCAACAGUUGAUGAUGUAAUAGCAUACAUCAAGCAUAUGCUAAACAUGACCAUUCCCAGAGGAAAGAUGGAAGAUGCAAUGGACAUGGCCAAGGAGAAUGUUAUUGCAUGGCAAAACUUAGUGUAG